GGGUAACAAAAAUCCCUUUUAAAAAUGGGGCGUGUUCGAGUUGCUCAAAAACACGAUACAGUUUCACCCUGGUUAAGAUAGGGCAAAGAAUUGUACACAGCAGUUUUUUUGGCAGUCCUAUUUAAUAUCUGAUGCAGCAGUCCUGCAAAAAAUCCUAUUUUUUAUAAAGCUCUGUGUGUCAAGAGUCUGAGGAUGAAGAUCGCUGUGCUGGGAGCCACUGGGCAGACUGGACAGUAUCUGGUCAACCAGGCGCUGCAGCAGGGUCACACGGUCACCGCCAUUGUCAGGAACCCAGGAAAACUCACCGUACAGCAUGACAACCUCAAGGUGGUGGAAGCUGAUAUUUUCUCAGCAGAAACUCUGGAGACUCAUUUCAAAGGACAGGAUGCGAUCAUGUCCUGCCUCGGCUUCCCAGCCUCCUUCUUUUCGGCGGUGACAGGCUACACCGCGUCCAUGAACGCUAUGAUCAGGGCCAUGCGAGAAGCCCGAGUCAACAGGAUCAUCACUAUGACCUCCUGGUACACUGACCCUAACUCUGGAACGCAGUCAUCUUAUCUCAUCCGGUUCCUCCUGCUGCCGAUCAUCCGAAGCGUUCUCACCAACAUGCAUGAGAUGGAGCAGUCUCUGCAGAAGACUGAGGACAUCAACUGGACUGUGGUUCGCCCACCUGGUCUCAAGAACCUGCCUGCCUCAGCUGAAGAGUUUCUGACCCAUGAGGGAUACUUUGUGCCCGACAGCAGCGGUCGCCCUGCAGGCAGCGCAGUGGGGAGAGGAGACGUGGCUCGCUUCAUGCUCUCCCUGCUCAACAGCAACGCCUGGAUCAAGAAGGGAGUCGCAAUGACUACCAAAUGAGAAAGAAGAGACAAAGGGUCGGUACCCUAAGUACAAAAAAACAAUAUUUACUCACCAACCUCUUAGUGGUAUCUAACCAUGCAGAUACCACCAGCUUUUCUUAAAUUUGAGAUAUUGGCCUUUGAGAUUUUUGCCUCCACCCCAAUACAAAAGAGGUAGAUGGAAGUUUUUUACACUGUACACUAGCUAAAAUUUUUUUAUUAAUAAGCCAAAUUAAUAAGUUAUUACUGCUGUAAACUUCAACACUGUGUUUCCAUUACUCUGGAUUAUCCCACAGACCGCACAGUAACAGUUUUCAUUGGCACUACUUUUAAUCCAAGAACCAGUCCCUGUGGAAACUGUUGAUUGCACGUUGAGUGCAGACUAACGAGGACAUCACUUCUAAAAAUGUUUUUUUUAAUGUUUCAAUGCUGCGACCACUACAAACAACAUCAUGAACCUCCAGGCAAAUAAAGCCAAAAAUAUCUUUAUGGUUAGACAGACUAGAGCUACAGGGGAAAAAACAUUUUUUCGGGUUAACUGGUCCUUUAACAAACUGUGCAACUGUGCCAUUUAUUUCCUGCCAUCACACGCUACUAUUGGAUAUACUGUAAUGGUAUAACUGCUUUAUAUAGCCUUAUCUGUCUUAGAUAUGUAUUUCUAUUUAUCAGAUUCUUGUUUGUAUUAGUUUGAAAACCAUCAAUGAGUGUACCAUUUUAUUAGACCGGUGUUUCUGCUGAUAGCAGUACACAAAAGAGAAAGUCAGCUGGAUUUACAACAUGUCCGUUUGCUUUUGUACUCGAAAACUAUUAGUUGAUAUUUCAGAAUGAAUGAAGCUCUUCAUACUGUUGUGCCAUGUAUUCACAUGAGGACUUUAUAUUCAAAUAUGUGCUGUAUCAGUUCUGUUAAAUAAACACAAAAUAAUGAAACUGUGAGACAGUUUUGGGCCUUUGGAAAUCCUGGGUGGUUUAUCAAUCCCUUUGACUUCUGAUUUAAGCUUACAAGAAGAUCUCGAAUGCAGAACCAUGCUUGUAUACAAUUUAAUCUACCAUAGUUGAAUGUUUCAAGGUUUCAAAAUAUCAGAAUUCAUCAGUAUUUAAAGAGCAAACAGACACGUAAUCAUAUGUGGCAGAAAAUGCUUGUUGGACUGAUGAGUUCAGUUUUUUAAGAUUGCAACACUUGGGGCCACACACACACAUCUGUGAUGUAAAAGCAGGUGAUAUAGAGGAAACAUAGACAAAUAAAAGUUACAGUUUAAACU